AUGGAUACCUUGAGAGCGAUUUUGACCUAUUCUCAAGAAUGGUUUCUCGCACCCCGAUGCUGUGUAUGUUUAAGGCGUUUCCAUUCAGCGAAGCCCACCAUCAGGCUAGAAUGCGAUCAUCUAUAUUGCGUCAAGUGCCUUAAGGGCUCCUUCUUCAGGGCUACCCAGGAACCAUCCCUUUUCCCGCCCACGUGCUGCAAGACCGUGAUACCCCUGCGUCUAGCAAAAGAGUACAUGACCGAAAAAGAACUCUACGAAUACGACAAAGCAAAACUUGAAUUUUUGACAACCAACUGGACUCGCUGCAGUAAGAAGACGUGCCGCGUACCGAUUCCGCCCAGCCGGGUCACAGCAUAUCAGGCCAGAUGCCUCUGUUGCGGCACCUCCACCUGUGUUUGGUGUAAAGCGGCCUCCCCCCUUAGGAAUGAGUGUGAUAAGAAGCCUGCUCUAAGCCAACCCCUAUCUCCAAAAGACAACUUAGGCUGGCAGCAGUGCUUUGACUGCAAGGCUCUAGUAGAGAGAACAAGUGGUUGUAGCCCGACAAUGUGCUCUAGAACCAGAUUCUGUAACGACUGUGGCAGAAGACGUUCGAUCUGCCGUUGCGGAAUGGAGCAGGCGAAGGACCUUUAAGAGGCUCGACAAUUGUCGGAGGAAUAUACACAGAGAUGUUAAAACCUGCGAUACCGCUUCGAAGAUGCCCAGGGUUGAGAUUGGGAUCCAAACGGAGGUCCGCUUCGCAGCUGCUGCAGUUGUCUUCUUGCUUCCGUCUCAGAUGCGAACAUGCUGGUCGUGUAGAGGUUCUAGAGAUUAACGCAUUCCUCAAUUUUAGAAUUGUAUUCGCACCUUGACGUACAGUACCUGGCAUAUUACAUCCAGCUUUUCCAAUUUGAGGAUCG